AUGCAGAUCACUGAUGUUGGCUUAGAAGAUGCGGGCGAAUACAAAUGCGAGGCGCAAAGUAUACUGGGAAAGAAUGAAAAAACUGCAAGUCUUGUUGUUCAAUGUAAGUUGUAUAUUUUUCACGUUUUCCUUUUUAUUUCGUGUUCACAUGAACAAAACGUAUCACCGAGGAAUGCGUUUUACUCUAAGAAUAACUUAAAUCCAUCUAGUUUGUAAAGUGGCCGAAAUUGUAACUUUAUUUUAACGGUACUAACGACUUACGAAAUUAUUCACAGCUCCACCCCAAGUUUCACUUUCUCCGGGCCCAACCUACAUUGAAAUGGGAAAGAACAUCACUUUACCAAAAUGUCACGUGACAAGCUUUCCACCAGCAGUGAUUACUUGGUCCAAAUUUAACGAUGGCUUAGCGCAGUCCAGGACUGUUGUGAAAGAUGGACAGCUGACUAUAUUACAUGCGAAAAUGGCAGACUUUGGUUCAUACGAAUGUAAAGCGUCAAAUAUUUUAGGACAUGUCUCAGCUUGGACACACCUAACUGUCUUUCAGCUGCCACGUUUUACAAAAACACCACCUGCACGGCUUUAUGUUGAAAAGAGCAAAACCAUUUCAGUCCCCUGUCAGGCUACUGGUCACUCUCAACCAAAAAUCACGUGGUUAAAAGAGGUAGGCAAUCUUCCUGUGGGCAGAUCACAAGUCAGUCACGAUGGAACACUUCAAAUCAGUAACACAAAAGUGGAAGACUCAGGCACUUAUAUCUGUACAGCAACGUCCAACAAAGUGUAUAAGGCGGUCACUGGAAUGAAAUUGACUGUUAAUGGUGGUGAGUCUACCCUGUGUUUCCUAUAUUCGGGUUUUAUUUGUUAUAAUUAUUGCUUUUUUGUAGUUAUUAUAACCUUUAUUAUUACUAUUAAUAAUGGUGUUAUUCCUAAUGUUAAUGUCAUUAUUAUAGUUAUUUUUAGCAUUAUUAUUAUCAUUACAAUUGUAGUUAUUAUAAUUAUUAUUGUUAUUAUUAUUUCAUUAAUUGUUAUUUUUAAAAUCCAUCCCAGCUCGAUACGAACCCGAAGUCUGUGCAGAUCAUUUUAAUAAAGUGGUGUAGAUACCAAAACAAAACAUAGAAUGCAGGUUUUAUGAUACCAUGCGAAUAAGCUUUAAUAUUUAUUCGAUUCACUCCCAUUUAGAAUGUGAUCCUGUUGGUGUGGAGGACAGUGACACAAUUCCAGAUGCCGCACUUAAAGCAAGCACAUUCUAUAAUGGAAAUUAUCAUCCAUACUACGGCCGACUAAAUGAAACCAGGGGAAGGGGAGCGUGGUGUCCUCGGACUAAAUUCGAUAGAACAGACUAUCUUCAAGUUGAUAUGGGUGCAGUGCCGUCCGUUUGUGCUGUGGCUACCCAAGGAGCACCGCUUGUUCGCGAAUGGACCACCAAGUACAAAUUGCAUCUAGCAACAGAUGGUGUAACUUGGAAAACUUACAAGGAAUCAAAUGUUGAAAAGGUUUGGAAAUGCCAAAGAAUGAUGGGUUAAUUUGAUCGGCAGCUAUAAAUAACGGCUAUAGGCCCUUGUGGAGUCCGAUUCGGUCUGCGCAUUAAACGAGUAAUUUACAAAAUCGGUCUGCUGCAUUCAAGAGUGUGAUGUAUGCGUUACUGACCAAGCGUGGGGUCAAGAUACCUAAGUGUUAGCCGAGUUCUUUUAUUUUUUUUAAUUUUAAUUUUUUGCGUUUUUAUAGACCGAGAUGAAGUCAAGGUCUUUUAAAGGGCAAAAAAAUGAACGAGACUAAUAUUCAACCAUCUCGACCUCACGCUUGCUCAAUGAAGGAUUUAUUAUAUGGCAAAAACACUCCGCUUGAAUAAGAAUUUUAAAAAAAGCCAACUUUAUUUGUAGCACAAUAAACCCACGAGAGUCGUUUAGUUUUUCUAUGUUUUGCCUAUCUUCUGACGCUUUUUGCGACUCCAUUACCGACAUUGUCAAAAAAUUACGAACUUUGUGAGUCUACUCCACGAAACUUAUUUUCUUGCGCGGAAUCGGAACGGCUAAUCCAGAGCAGGCAAGAUGGGCCAAUCUUGCUCUCCCAGAUAGACAGACAGAACAUAGGUUAGGCUCCAUAGUGCCCACAGGCGCUGCCAGCUGCAUUGUAACUAUCGUUAUUUACGAGUGUGAUCACCGAACGGCGGGAUAAAAUUCUUGUGAUCAACUUGCCAAAACUAUUGCAAAAUUUAGACAAAAUAUCUACUGAUAAACUCAUCCAUAAAUAACAAAUUUUUUUUGAGAGAGAAAUGGAAAAAUGGACCCAAUAGCGGUCUCAAAUAAUGUGAUAAAGAUCCAAGUUCAACAACAACAAUUUCCUUCGCUGUAAAGCUAUCGGAAUUAUCUUACACGUGUUUUAUUGCGGCUAGAUUCAAGAGAAAGCUCACAACUCUAUCAUAGACUUUUCUUUAACUUUCAGUCUCAGCGUCUGUGCUGGAGGAACGGUGUACUUUAGAUUCUAUCGCAAAAUCCUCUCACUAUAAACCUGCAUUUUGUGUUGCUUGACUGUAGGGCUUUCUCGUUAUGAAUAAUGACUCUUUUCCUCUUCCAGGUGUUCCCAGGAAACUCAGACCAAAACAGCGUCGUAAAACAUUCCCUCACUACUAACGUCAUGGCCAGAUACGUUCGUUUCUAUCCCGUCACGUACUACACGUUUCCAUGUUUAAGAGUUGAAAUAUUCAUGCGAAAAUGAUGGCAAUUUUACAUUAACUUUUCUCAUCUAACUCAGUGCACAAAUAUGACACAAUGACAAACUUGCAUGAGUAGUUCAUGCCCAUAGGAAACUUACGAAUCUACCAAGCGAAUGGCGGGAUAAUUUGAUAAGCAACAACACAUACUAAAGCAGAGUACAUAUUUCCAUUUAAACUCUAAUCCGUGAUCACAGAGUAAGGAUCUGAUUCACUUAAUGCAUUGAAAAAACCACACAAUGCUUUACUUUUUUAAUUACAAGGUAUUUUCACUGAGCGCAAGCCUUGUAUGCAAAUCAUCGCUAGGAGUUCUGGGUAUCAACUGCUUCAGGUUCAGCUUCAAAUCAUUCAGUGCUUAAGUUAGCUUCGCCAAUCCUUCUUUUCACAGUCUAGCAGCACGUUAUAACUACACUGGCCGACUACCAGCUAAGAGUGCUCUGAGUCUGGCACACUUAAAAGGAGGGAAAAAAAGAUAUAAAAAGACAAAGGGGUAAUGAAAUAAGUGAAGAAGCUUCAUCAUCCUGAGACAAAUUACCGCAGCGAUUUUAAUACAGUUAUCUGGUAAUGAUCCGAAAUGAGAUAAAUCCAAACGAAAUUAGUUUUUUCUGCUAAAUCGCGAUCAAGUAUAAAAAUAUUUGGUAUUAUCAACUAAGUUGAUAACGUAAAUUGGCCACUAUCGGGAGUUUCAAAGCCUUCGUCAGAGUGAAGGGCUAACCUUUCUUACUCUGCAUAUUGAUAAACUUCCUCAGGCAAAGAAUGCUGAGGAAGGCUAUCAAUAUACAGUUGAAGCGUCGCGAUCCACAUCCAAGGUUACUACAUUGUAAGGAAA